AUGGAGGAGUUCAUUGAUAAUGCCACGAAGCCCGGCGAGUAUCCCAUCGCUGGUCGCGCGUGGAAGGCCAGCGAGCUGCGACUCAAAUCGUUCGAGGAUCUGCACAAGCUCUGGUUUGUGCUUCAGAAGGAGCGGAAUCUGUUGCUGACGGAGAAGAUGCUCGCCAAGUCCGAAGGCAAGCAGAUGAAGGCCAAGGGCCGAAGGGUCAAGGUUCGUCAGUCCAUGGCGCGCAUCAAGCUCGUGCUGGGCGAGCGACAACACAUCUACAAGACCUUCAAGCGCGAACAGAUCCUCGCUCUGGAGCAGGAUCGUCUCGAGGAAGUGCGUGGGCGCCAGCUGGCCUGGGCCGAGCAGCUCAAGAGCCAGAACGACAAGCUGGCCAACGUCAAGCUGCCCAAGCCCCAGAAGGAAGCCGCCUCCAUCAAAUAA